AUGGAUUUUACUUAAUUUUGGAAGCAAGGCUAAUUAUUGGUACAGGAGUAAAAUUAUAUAAUAUUAAUUAGAGAUUAAAUUUAUAACCUGACGAAUAUUUGGUUGGAUCUUUAUUACUUUAUGGACUUAUCUUACAACCAUUAGUAAGAAUAUUUGAUAUUGUUGACAGUAGAAGAAAUUGAAAAAUUAUAAUAAACAAGGAACAUUAUAUAAACCGUUUUUAUUAAUUCUAAGGUUAAAUUAAAUGAAUCUUUCUUUAAUAAAAAAUUAAUAGUUUGA